AUGUUCUUUGAAACAUAACUCUUUUUUUAUUGUAAUUACUAAUUUAAUGAUUUAACCAUUUUUCAUUUUUGGAAUUUAUACAUUAUUAAUUUAAAUUGCAUAAUUUCUUUUUUGGUUAACAUGCAUAAUUUUCACUUUUAUUAAUGUGAAUAAUGGGAAAUUAAAAUUUAAUUUUUGCUCUACGUACAAAUAUUAGAUGCGAAAUAUUAUUAUGAUUCCAAGAGAAGAAAUGAAGUUAAGUUAUUGAAGUGA